CCUAGGCGCUGGAGAAAAACUUCAUCCGCGCCCACAGGCCCCCUCCCGCAGGCUGCGCAGGCGGCCCAGGUUUGCAGGCCGGAAGUGAAACGUUCUUUUUUGAUUUUUAAAAAGGAAGCCUCCGGCCCUACGGUUUUCUGGGGUUGGGGUGGAUGUGUGUGCGGGGGGAGGCGGAGACGUCCCGCUCCAGGCAGGGCCUCGGGUCUCAUAGGUGGGGAAAUCUCACUGCCAAAUAGGAGGCCUUUCGGAGCCUCAGUGUCCCCAUCUGCAGACUGGCCUCUGACUUCUGGCUUAAGAGGGUGUGUGAGAGUAAAAGGAGACGGCUAGCCCCGUGCCGGGAGACACGUCAGCCAUGUCAUCUGAGCCUCCCCCACCACCACAGCCUCCCACCCAUCAAGCUUCAGUCGGGCUGCUGGACACCCCUCGGACCCGCGAGCGCUCGCCUUCCCCUCUGCGGGGCAACGUGGUCCCAAGCCCACUGCCCACUCGCCGGACGAGGACCUUCUCAGCGACGGUGCGGGCUUCACAGGGCCCCGUCUACAAAGGAGUCUGCAAAUGCUUCUGCCGAUCCAAGGGCCACGGCUUCAUUACCCCAGCUGAUGGUGGCCCCGACAUCUUCCUGCACAUCUCUGAUGUGGAAGGGGAGUACGUCCCAGUGGAAGGCGACGAGGUCACCUAUAAGAUGUGCUCCAUCCCGCCCAAGAAUGAGAAGCUGCAGGCUGUGGAGGUCGUUAUCACCCACCUGGCACCAGGCACCAAGCAUGAGACCUGGUCCGGACACGUCGUCAGCUCCUAGGAGAUGCUGGAAGCACCCCUUCUCCUGUGCUUGUGGGAGACUUUGCGGGGAGGCGGCGGCAGACGCUGGAGAUGACAUUCUUCCAUACGAGACGGGGCUUCGGCAGGGCAUGGUCCCUUUCAAGUAUCUCCUGGAGGAAGGGGUGUGGGGGGCAGGCGUGGGGUGUUCCGGCCACCAGCACAGCCUCUGACCAUCACAACAACCUCUCACCAUCUGAAGUGCAUUAAAAGCAUUUAAAAAGGAGAGGUGCCCACUGGUGGCUGAGUGGAGAUUCCAACCCCAGCCCAGGGAGUGGAUCAAGGGUGAUAUUUCUCCAGCUGCUCAGACACAGGGGCUCAACCCACAGACCCUCUGCCUCCUGGAGCUACAGGCUCCAGAUUCCCGGAUCUGGCCCACUGGCAGCUGACGCGGACCUUGCGUGACUUCCCCAAGGCAAAUUUCCAGCUAAGUGCCCCUUGCACCCCUCCUUGGGCCUGGGCAAAGCAGUUUUCUAAUUCUUGGCUUGGUUGGUUCCAGGGGAGCUGGCUUAAAGCGGGGGGGAAACGGGGGGGCGGUCUUUGGAUUGGACACGUUUUGCCUUUUGGUGCCUUUGCAGUGGGAGGCGGCAUAGCUGCCUGUCUGGGGAAGACAGUUUAUCCCAGCACUCCCACCCCUGGGCACAGCAGGUUGCUACUGGGAGGCUGAACCCCUCUUAGAGCCUGACCUUUUCAUCUGCCUUCUGGUCGUGUGACCAUCACUCAACAGCCAUUUCACAGCCCCUGUCAUUAUGGCGGCAGGGUGGGGGUGGUGGGAAGGGCCUGUGGAGAGGGCAGGUCUUUGUUUAAAAACUUUGUCCCGAUCCACCCAGAAAAGAGUGGGUAGCUUGCAUCCUGACAGCCUGGCACAGUCAAGACAGUUGAAGGAGAAACAUACCUUUGGAAAGAGGGUUUUCUUUAAAACUAGUGUUAAGAAAUGCUUAGGGAUUUUUUUUUUUUUUUCCUUAUUUUUCGUAACUAAAGUUUUCACCCAGAGCCGGCUCUGUUUGCACCUUGCUGCCGACAUUGCAAACUUUUUUUUUUUUUUUGCGGGGUGGGAGACAGAAUCUUGCUCUUUUGCCCAGGCUGGAGUGAAGUGGCCUGAUCUCGGCUCACUGCAACCUCUGCCUCCAGAGUUCCAGCAAUUCUGCCUCAGCCUCCUGAGUAGCUGGGAUUACAGGCGUGCACCACCACACCCGGUUAAUUUUUGUAUUUUUAGUAGAGACCGGGUUUCAUCAUGUUGGGCGAGAUGGUCUCCAACCCCUGACCUCAGGUGAUCUGCCCGUCUCGGCCUCUCAAAAUGCUGGGAUUACAGGUGUGAGCCAUCGCGCCCGGCCUGCAAACUUUUCUGUAGGUAUUUUCGGUAAACAAAUCCUUAGAUUAUCUUUGCUGUGGUUUUGGUUUGGCUUUAGUCAUGAUUUAAAAGUAGAAAUAGCUGGGCAUUAUGUUUUGAAAUUUAUGGCCUAUAUGUAGUCUAAGAAUCCACUUGUCAACGCAGGGAAGCAAACUUUUGGAAACUGGCUUUUGGGCGGACAGUAAAUGUCCAGAAAAGAGGUCGUUUGAUGCUGGAAGCACAGAUAGCUUCAGCAGGUACUUCUCAGCUCUCAUGAGUUUGUCCUUUCAGCCUAAGAACUGCUGCCUUUGAAAGGGGGUGGAAGGGAGUUGUUUUAAAAUAGGCAAAUACACGUGUUGAUUGCGAGCGUGUGGAGAAAAAGGCAGUUCCCACCGCAGUUAGGUCCUGGCCAUGUUUCCUCGCCUGCGACGCUCCUUGUCCUCACCCUCCUCUCCCGCCUCUGUCCUCUGCUGAGUCAAAGGUGGCCUUUUUCUCUCCAACCUUGAAUUGUUCCCUGGUGGCUUCCCAAGGGCCCAUCUGCUGGUACAGUCCACACUUCCAAAGCCAAAACCCGAGAGGGCUCCUUUGCUGCCCCAAGCCUCUCUCUCACUCUGUCCUCGCCUUGGCGUGGGUGGCGUUGCUGUGACCCUGUGUGCUGGCGCUCUGGCAGGCUGUGGCCGGCAGUGAGCUGGGGGAUUGCAUUCUGCUAUUUAGGGGUGACCUUUGGAUUCUGUCUCAGCAGAAUCCUUCGUCAACGGCUCUUGCUCUGUCCUUCCUGUUUGGCCACAGCUCUUUCAGUCAGUGGGUAUUCUAGAACGGCAGGAUGUCACAGCUGGAAGGGAUGCGAUACCAGUUUAUAGAAGGGGAAACUCCUGGAGGCUCUGGGAGGGACGGAGGUUGUUGCUGACCGAGGAAUAGCUAGAACUGAGGAUUCCUGAAUCCAGAUCUUGCCUCCCAUCAGCCGUCUUUCUCCCAAUAAAGUUUUGUUUUGUGUAA